GACUGUGUGAUCAAUUCUAACCACGACGGCCGGCGCGAUUGAAUCGGAAAUUCGACAGUCCUAUUAGUAUUUCAGUAGUGGUUUGUCGAUUGCUUUUUGUUUUUGGUUUUCUUCGUUUUAUUUUUUUGUGAUUCCAUUUGAGAGAUUUAUGCUUACUGGCGGAUAUUUCAGUCCUGUCGAAUCCAAAGGGCACGUGAGCCAGCGCUCUAUUGUUCUCGUCUCUUUGAUUGAAAGAUGCAACGAACGCUGUGGUAUGCCCUGGCCAUUCUUUGUUGUUCGAUCGCCAACUCUUUGGGAGCGCCGGACAAGCCAAAACAACAGCCGGCUGCUGCUCAUAAAGAAAAACUAGUUGUCAUUCUUCUGGACGGCUUUCGGUGGGACUAUGUAGAACAGCAGAAAGAAAAGGAGUCCCUUCCUGGUUUCCGUAUACUCCACAAAGAGGGCGUUAGAGCUAAAUGGGUGAAUCCCAUUUUCCCGUCGCUCUCUUACGCUAGCUGGACCACUCUCAGUACAGGAUUGUACGCAGAAAAUCACAACAUUAUUGGAAAUUACUUCCACGAUUCUUAUCGAAAGGAAACGUUCGAGCUGUUCAACCGGACUCUUACAUCAAAUCAACGAUGGUGGCAGGAUGCGGAACCCAUAUGGACGACAGCCACGCGCAGGGGUCGUAAAGUGGGCACUUUCCUAUGGGCUCGAAGCGACAUUCCUGUUCAAGGCAUUUUACCACAUCAGGCCCAGGGUUUUCAACUCACUAAGGGCGCCGGUAUCCUCGGCACUAACCUAGAAAAAACAAUCAAGAUGCUCCAAUCCGAAGAUUACGAUCUUGUUAUGGUUUACAACGAGCACAUUGAUAACAAAGGACACCAGUUCGGCCCUACAUCUCCAGAGCUAAUGCUAGCCGUUCAAGAAGUUGAUGCAGAACUGCAUAAAUUUCUCAAAAAACUAGAAGAAACAAAUCUCGACGAAACCGUAAAUGUGAUGAUCGUUUCUGAUCACGGUAUGACAUCAGGGACUCCUCAGUCAAAAGCGGAAUACGUCGAAAUUGAUGACUAUUUGAACAUGGACGAUGUUUCGUACGUCAUCGACCGCGCCGCUGUGGCGGCCGUCGCCCCUCUUCCGGGAAAAGCAGAUAAGGUAUACAAGCAACUGAAACAUAUGCGCGGUAUAGACGUUUACCGUCGGGAUGACAUACCAGAAGAGUAUCACUACAAAAAUGGGCGCUACGUUCAAGAAAUUCUUGUUUGCGCCAAGCCUGGCUUUAUUAUAAGUGGAGCUGACAGUUCGAAACAAAUCCCGCGUGAUCCUUCCACUCCAAGGCCCAUGAUUUGGGGUGGCCUUCACGGCUACGACGACAAACAUCCGGACAUGAGGACCAUCUUCAUGGCAAAGGGACCAUCAUUCAAGAAGCAUUUCAAAGGCGAACCAAUUCAUUUGGUGGAUAUUUAUCAAAUCUAUGCUCACAUUCUGGGAUUUGAGCCGCAACCGCACAAUGGCUCCUGGUCACGCGUUCGAUCUUACCUAACCAAUAGUGCCUCAUUCACCAAAGUCCUCAAUUUGAAUCCAAUCCUCCUCACGGCUCUGCUGAUCCUACUGAGAUAUCUCAUUUAAAUCUUUACAAACGACAAGAGUCCAUUCAGCAGAACAAUGUAUACCAGUACUAUAUUCGUUUAUCAAAGAGUUAAAUAUUCUAUUUAAGAUGAUGAAAUAUCGCGUGAGCAAUACUUAACUAUAGGUCUGAUAUCAAAAGGGAAAUAAUAAUGUAUACUUAAAAAUUCAGUGCCUCGUUUGCAUUGGUUGGCCUCACUAAGAUCCACACCUUUUUGAUAGAAGAAAUUGUUGAACUAGUCUGUUUUAAAAAUUCAUAAUGUGAAUGUGUAUUUUGUGGCCUUUUUUUCACCUGACGCUCCUCGUGAUUAACAUUUCCUGUAAAUGUGCUGGUUUGACCUUGAAAGUAUAUUUCUUGAUUAGCUUAUUAAUACAACAAUAUUUGAAAAUUU